CCCAGGGACACCCACGGCUGAGGGCCCCUCUCAGCUGGGGCUCCUCUCCAGGCUGAGCAGCCCCAGCUCCCUCAGCCUUUCCCGGGCACCGAGAUGCUCCAGGCCCUUGCUCAGCUCCAGGAGCUCCUGUCCCUGCUGUGCUGAGGAUCCAGAGCUGGACACAGCACCCAGAGGUGCCUCUAGGGCUGGGCACAGGGGCAGGAUCAUCCCUGACCUGCUGGGAAUACUCUUCCCAAUGCACCCCAGGAUCCCACUGGCCUCUUUUCCCCAGCACACUCUGUUGGCUCAGGGACAGCUCAUUGUCACCCAGGACCCCCCAGUUCCUUUCCCACGGAGCUGCUCCAGCAGGUCACCCCCAGCCUGUGCAGCUACCUGGGGUUGUUCCUCCCCAGGUGCAGCACCUGCGCUUGCCCUUGUUGAAUUCCAGCAGUUUCCUCUCUGCCCAUCACUCCAACUGCCGAGGUCCCUCUGAAGGGCCACACAGCCCUCGGGGUGAUCAGCCACUCCUCCCAGCUUUGAGCCCUCAGCGACCUCUUCACCCAGCCAGCGAUGAACCAGGCAAACAACACCGAGCUCAGCAGGGCCCAGUCCUGCAGCCACACCCCGUACCAUCGACCCCGACCCUCCGGGAGCUGCCACUCAGCCACUUCCAACCCAGCCCUCCAUUCAUCCAGCCAACCAACCCAUCCCUCCGGGAGCUCGGUGCCGCCCUCCCAACCCAUCCUUCCGUCCAUCCGUCCAUCCGAGCCAGCCCUCCGGGAGCUCGGUGCCGCCCCUCCGGCGGCGUGUCCCGUGCGGUCCCGCCCCGGCCGCGGCGGCGCGGGGCCAUGGCGGAGCUCCAGGAGCGCCUCGAGGCGCUGGAGCGGCGGAUGGAGCGGGCGGAGGCGGCGCUGCGGGAGCGGCCCCUCGCCGCCCUGCAGCUCCACGGGGUCCCGGUGCUGUUCGAGGAUGUGGCAGUGCGGUUCAGCCGGCAGGAGUGGGCAAUCCUGGACGAGGGACAGAAGGAAAUGUACCGGAGCGUCAUGGAAGGCAACUACGAGAUGCUGGUGUCCCUGUACUCUGCCCUGUCCAAGCCUGAACUGUUACUGCAGCUGGAAAGAGAAGAGCUGAGCACGCCCCCGGAACUGGAGACAGAGGCAGCAGAGGUGUCCCCAGAGCUGGCUGUAGAGCCAGCCCUUCAGAACUGCACCAGCAAUGAUGCACCGCUGGAGACAGAGACAGUGGAGAGGGGCUGCAGGGAGCCAGAGGAAAGCGGGAAUGUGGCAGAGAAAAGUGGGAACUUGGUAGAGGAAAGCGAGAACCUGGUGGAGGAAAGCUGGAGCCUAGUGGAGAUAAGUGGGAACCUGUUAAAGGAAAUGUGGGAUGUGACAGAAGAAAAGAGGAGCCCGGCAGAGGAAAACAGGAGCGCAGCAAAGGAAAGUGGGAACCUGGUGGAGGAAAGCAGGAGCACAGCGGUCCCAGAGAACUGCAACACACGUGAGUGCCUGGCAAAUCCUGCUGCUGCUGUAAGGGCUCCUGGACCCCUGCCUGCCUGUUCCUUACCCACCUUCAUCACUGCUCUUGCCCGCAUAGCACCUGUCCCUCUGGAAGCCACUGCUGUCCUGGCGGAUCUCAGCCAGCCGACCCAGUCCCCUCCCUGCUCUGUCUCUGUGCACUGCCAGGAAGCCGUGGGUCAGAACUGUUCUCCCCCUGCAGCAGGAGAUGCUGAAGCGGGAAUCCCAAUGGAGGUGCCACAGGAGGAGGUUGCUGCAGAGAAGCCAUCAAUGCCCAAAACAUCCUCUAAGGGCCUGGAAGAGGACAAGGGUCAGGAAGAGGAGGCUGUGAAAGAUUCAGGGAAUACUGGCCAAGAUCUGGUGGCCAACAUCACUGAAGAGCCAGGAAAGGAGGUGACACCAGAUGUCCACAAAAUGACAGAACAGGCAGAUCCCAGCCCAGGGGAGCCAGAGAAGGACUCCUGCGUGGGCCGGCCCGUGGCCUUGCAGCGAAAUUCCUCCCGGGAAUUUUACUCCUGCCCCAUCUGCAGGAAAACCUUCCUGCUGAAGAUCAACCUCCUGAUCCACCAGCGUGGCCACAACAACUGGGUGCCCUAUGUCUGCGUCCACUGCGACCGCAAGUUCAUGUCCAAGAAGAAAAUCAGGCGGCACCUCCGCGCCUGGGCAGCCAACGGGACGUGCCAGCCCUCGGAGCUGGAGGUGUGUCCCAGCCAGAUGCCAUUCCCAGCAUCCCAUCCCCAAACCUGGCCAGCUAACGGGACAUACCAGGCCUCAAAGCCAGAGGAGUGUCCCAGUAGGACACCGUGCCCAACAUCCCAGCCUCAAGCCUGGGCACCCAAUGGCACCUGCCAGCCCUUGGAUGCAAAGGCAUGUCCCAGCCAAGGGACACUGUGCCCAACACCCCAGCCCCAAACCUGGGCACCCAAUGGCACCUGCCAGCCCUUGGAUGCAGAGGCAUGUCCCACCCAAGGGACACCGUGCCCAACACCCCAGCCCCAAACCUGGGCAGCCAAUGGCACCUGCCAGCCCUUGGAUGCAGAGGCACGUCCCAACCAAGGGACACCGUGCCCAACAUCCCAGCCUCAAGCCUGGGCACCCAAUGGCCCCUGCCAGCCCUUGGAUGCAGAGGCACGUCCCAACCAAGGAACACCGUGCCCAACAUCCCAGCCCCAAACCUGGGCACCCAAUGGCACCUGCCAGCCCUUGGAUGCAGAGGCACGUCCUACCCAAGGGACACCGUGCCCAACAUCCCAGCCCCAAACCUGGGCACCCAGUGGUACCUGCCAGCCCUUGGAUGCAGAGGCACGUCCCACCCAAGGGACACUGUGCCCAAUAUCCCAGCCCCAAACCUGGGUACCCAAUGGCACCUGCCAGCCCUUGGAUGCAAAGGCAUGUCCCACCCAAGGGACACCGUGCCCAACAUCCCAGCCCCAAACCUGGGCAGCCAAUGGCACCUGCCAGCCCUUGGAUGCAGAGGCAUGUCCCAGCCAAGGGACGCUGUACCCAACACCCCAGCCCCAAACCUGGGCACCCAAUGGCACCUGCCAGCCCUUGGAUGCAGAGGCAUGUCCCAGCCAAGGGACACCGUGCCCAACAUCCCAGUCCCAAACCUGGGCACCCAGUGGUACCUGCCAGCCCUUGGAUGCAAAGGCAUGUCCCAGCCAAGGGACACCGUGCCCAACAUCUCAGCCCCAAACCUGGGCACCCAAUGGUACCUGCCAGCCCUUGGAUGCAAAGGCAUGUCCCAGCCAAGGGACACCGUGCCCAACAUCUCAGUCCCAAACCUGGGCACCCAAUGGUACCUGCCAGCCCUUGGAUGCAAAGGCAUGUCCCAGCCAGGGGCCAUGCCCAGCAUCCCAGUGCCCAACAUCCCAGUCCCAAACCUGGGCAGCCAAUGGGACCUGCCAGGCCUCGAUGCCGGAGGAAUGUCCCAGCCAGACCCUGUGCCCGUCCUCUCAGCCACAAGCCCCGAGCAGAGACUGUGGCACGGUGUGGCAGGAGCCCGGCCCCGCCAGGUGCUCACUGCCACCUGGAAAAGUGAUGUACACGUGCACCGAGUGCCGGGAAACCUUCUCCAACCAGGUCUUCCUGACGGUGCACCAGCGCCGGCACUCCGGCCACCACCUCAUCCUGUGUCCCUGCUGCAACCGCAGCUUCACCUGGGUCUCGGACUUCGUCCGGCAGCACUGGAUGCUCAUGGGCGUCCGGCCCCACCAGUGUGGCAUCUGCCAGAAGACCUUCAAGAGGUUCUCCCACCUCAAGGCACACCAGAGGAUCCACAGGCGGCAGGAGCGGCCGUUCACCUGCGCCAACCCGGGCCCCAUUGUGGCGGCACCCGCAGCAGGAGACGGGGUGGGAAGCCAGGCUGUGACCCCCCAGGGGUGGGGCGCUGCUGUCGGACCUUGAGGUGUCCUCCCAGGAAUGGGGGGCCGCUGUUGGAUUUCAGGGUGUACACCCAGGCAUGGGAAGCUGCUGCUGAAAUUUGAGGUGACCUCCCACGAUGCUGCUGAUGGACUUUGAGGUGAUGUCCCGGACACAGGGUGCUGCUGAUGGACUUUAAGUUGACCUCCCUAGGAUAGGAGGCUGCUGUCUGAUCUUGAGGUGAAGAAUGGGAUGCUGCUGCUGAUGGGCAUUAAGGUGUCCUCUCAGGAAUGGGAUACGUGGUGAAUUUUGAGGUGUCUUCCCAGGAAUAAGAUGCUGCUGUUGAACCUUGAGGUGACCUCCCAAGAACAGGAUGGUGCUACUGGACCUUGAAGUGACUCCCAGGGAUGCAAUGCUGCUGCUAGAUUUUGAAGUGACCUCCUGGGGACCGGAGGCUCCUCUCUGUCCCUCUCCACAUGAAGGCUGGAACAUGGACAACAUUUUCUGGCUCCCCUGCCCUGGUGUGGGGAUGGGGGGCACCUGCCCAGCCCAUGUGAGGGGGCUCCUUGUUCCCAAGCCCUGCUGGGGUGGGUGGGAUGCUGGGAGUGGGUCCCUUUUCUGGAGAGUGCCAAUAGACUCUGUAGAAACCA